CUCUUUCAUCACCAACUAGUCUCCUCUCGACUCGCUCUCAGAGUCUCUUACACGGUCUCCCGCAGAACCCGCCAUCCAGCGAUACAAGGUCAACGGCGCGUGCACACUCCCUCCGCGCCCGUGCCCGCUCCUUAAACCUUGCCUCGAGCUCGAGCCAUCGGCGUCAUCGGCCUCCCACGCCAGCUCAGACCUUUGUCAUCACGUGUGGCUGCGCCUUUCCUCUGACCGCCGGCGCUCCCUCCUCCCUCUCCUCGUCCUCCGCGCCAUCCUCACAGGUCAUCCUCUCCUCCCUCUCCAUCCUCUUCCCCUUUUGCCGCCCCCGCCCCCCCUAGCCACUCCCGCGUCGAGCGCCCGCCUUCGACUAUCCAGACACGCCUGCUCGCACGAGCCAUCCUACGCCAAAGGCAUCACUACCAAGCCGUUUUAAGACCAUGGAACAACGACCACAACCCGACAAACCCCCGCUUACAAUGCGGUCUGACGGCAAACCACGCCAAACGCGACAGCACUUUAGUUGCGCCGAGUGUCGGCGACUCAAGCUCAAAUGUUCACGGACUUGGCCAUGCACGAGCUGUGUCAAGCGUCAUUGCGAGCAGAUCUGCCCGUUCGGCCAGGCGAAGACGAUCAAGGGCAAGCGCAUUGUCCUUGCCGACGCUGAACAUCUCCACGAACGCAUCCGCAAGCUUGAGGUCGCGCUCUCGCAAGAGCGAUCCAAGAACACUCAGGAACCUCAUCCCCUCCUCAUCGAGACCGACUGGUUUACAACUGAAGACGGCGCUGGCCCCUCGAGGCUCGACACCAAGCCAGAGACGGGCGCUAUCGAUGCAGCCGCCGGCGCCUUCGGCACGCUAAAGAUCGGCACCGAAGGCGAAGCCCACUUCAUCGGCUCCUUCGCGGGCUCCGAGUACUUGCGCGAAGAAGGGCAGACGUCCGAGCCAAACACGCCAAGCGACCACAUGCGCACCUCCGAGUUCUACGAUACGCAAAUGGCGGCGCCCGUGAGCCGCGCAGCUUACUCUGAGACAGCGUUGAAACUGCACGACGCCUUCUUGGCUGGCGGCGUGGGCAUUGCCGGCGUCGCUGGCGCGGACUACAAUGUUGAUGCGCUGCGCGCCGAGCUCCCCGACCUCGACCCCGAGGGAUACGCCAUCCUCAAUGUGUACUGGGACAACGUCAACUGGAUGUACCAGCCUAUCAGCCGGGCGCUCUUUGAGCGCGACUAUCUGCUGAACGCGUACGACGCGAGCGUGCGCCCGCAUCCGCACAAGCUCGCGGCCACCUUCUUCCUCAUGGCCGUCGGCGUAUUAUUCGACCUGUCGCGCAACCCGUGGGAUGACCGCGCGGCGCACCUCUUCUUCUGCGGCCGCGCAUGCCUCGGCUUGGUGGGCCUCGAGAACGCCUCCCCCGCCACAGUGCUUGCCCUCCACCUCAUGGGCACGUAUAUACUCAACGACAAGAUUGGGAACAGCGCCGACGUAUUCUGGCCGAUCUUGGGCACGGCGACGAGAGUAGCGCAGAGCCUCGGCCUCCACCGCGACGGCCUGAUGUUUGGCCUGUCGCCGUACGAAGUGCAGGAGCGCCGCAUGCUCUACUGGGAGGUGCUCACUUAUGACCGCUUGCAGGCGCUUUGCUUUGGUCGUCCGUGCGCAAUGAGCAACCGGUCCAGCGACACACUGCUGCCAGACGACGAAGCGCUUGCAGGCGAUGAGGACGGGUUCCAUCGGUCAAAGUACCGCCUCAUUGAGAUCAUGGAGCGGGUUUUGGAUGUGCAAACCAACGCCAAGCCGACGCCCUACUCCACAGUCCAAGCGGUUGACAAAGAGAUCACAACAUUCCGCGAGAACCUGCCAGACACGAUGCUGCCGAAGACGCAGAUUUCAGAUCUGCCAAUGGACAGAAUGCUCAGCCCGCAGAUCGUAAUCCACCGACUGAGCAUCCGCUUCCUUGUUGCCCAGACACGCCUGCUGCUCAACAGGCACUGGUUUACGAUAGCGCUCAAGGACUCGCCAGAGGACCCGGGGCAGUCGCCAUUCGGUGACGCCUUCAUCGCGGUGUUUGAGAGCGCGAGCGAGAUUGUGCAGACGAUCCGGCAGCUCGUGCGUUACCACCCGUCGCUGAUCGCACGUUGGUGGUUCUUCUGGUUCCACGCGCUGAGCGCGUCAGUGUGCCUUGCGGCGGUGGCGAUCCGGGCGCCCCUGUCGGUGUGGGCCGUGCCCUCGUACCAGAAGCUGCAGCAGAUGGUGGACAUUUCUGCUGCGACGCGGGACGGGUGCCGGGCGAAGAAUGGUCUCGGGGCGAUUCUGCAGCUGCGCCUGUCUGCGAGCGAGGCGAUGGAAGCCGCGGCCAAGACACGGCGGCGCGCGAGCCAGCCUCUGGCGUUCGAAGACCCGGCGACGGUGAGCUACCUGGAACAUCUCAAGGCGGGCGCCAAGCUCGUGCGUGUGGGCACGGGACAGUCGCCUGUGCGUGACAACUCGCAGUCGCCGUCGGCGAUCAGCGGCACGCUGCCCGAGCUGCGGACGCUCGAGGCGCUCAAGCAGGAGAUGUCGUCGUCGCGGCCGGGGAGCGCGAAUGUGCCGUACCUCCCGCUGAACCAGUUGGCGGCGCAGAACGCCGAGUUUCCGAGCAGCCAGUGGCUGAGCGAGCUGGUGUGGCAGCCGCCGGACGGCAUGUCGAUGGGGGACUUGGGGAUGGGGCCGCCGGUGGACAUGGACACGAGCAUUGCGCUGGGGAUCGGGAGCAGCCAGCACGAGCUGUUGGAUGCGUUUGUGAAUGGGGUGGGGCGGUAUCACCAGCGGUAGGAGGAAUUGGGUGUAGCAGAGUAGAGUAGAUGGUGUGUUAUGGUGUGGUGUGGGGGCGUGACGUGAGAUGGGGGAUUGGGUAAUGUUAUGGAAGAAAUGGUGG